AUGUCUCGCAAGUCAUUCGCCCGAGUCCCUGAUGGUGUCGAACAGACCCCAACUCCUUUCGUCCUGCGCGUCAACGAUGAUAGCCUCAGAGAAUUCCAUCAACUGCUGGCACUUUCAAAGAUCGGACCCCCAACCUGGGAAGCUUCUCAGACGGAUAGACGGUUUGGUAUUACCAGGGAAUGGCUAGUGAACGCAAAAAGUGUCUGGCUGAACCAAUUCAACUGGGCGCCAAUUUGA